AUGGCGACGCUUUCACGAACAAUAGCCAAUCAUUCUGAAGUGCUAAUUACUGCAAUUGAAAUGGCUGCUGAACCGGAACCUUUACUCGCUAUUACAUUUGCAUGCAUUAGUUUAUUAGCCCUACUAGCCAACUGUACAUUGCUGAUAUACAUUAUAUACAACAGACUAUAUCGUAAUUUCAUUUCAUCCCAUUUCAUUGCCCACUUAUGUAUAACAAAUGCAGCAGCCCUAUGCCUUCUACUGCCAAUGUUCAUUUAUAAUGUAUGGACAGGAGUCAACAUUUGGUCCCACAGUAAUGUAAUGUGCCGAGUACAGGCUCUGCUGACAUGUGCUGCAUGGACCGUAAUACAUUUCAUGGCACUCUGCAUAGCCGGCGUACAUUUGUUGACGUUUGCACGAAUACAUUAUGAACAACUCUUUGGUUUACCACCCAAUAUGUUAUGCGUCCUUUCCUGGCUGCUGGCAUUUGGUCUAGCACUACCAACGAUUACCAAUGGACAUAUCAUUAUUUACGAUCCCUCAUUCAGGCACUGCAUAUGGGGAGACAGCGACAGCGGCCUUAAAUUCUUGACAUAUCUUUUGAUUCUGGGAGUAUUUAUACCUGCAUCACUGGCUUCCUAUGCUUACAUCCGAGUGCUCGGCAUACUUUACCAUAGUCCGAUCGUAUUUCAAAGCAUUGGCUUAUAUAAAAGUCGUUUUCUAGUUUAUUUGUUCCUAUUAAGUCCAUUCUAUCAGCUACCAUUCUACGCGAUAACGAUAGUGAAAGACUGGAGGAAACCGGAUUCAACAGUUCCUGUUAUAAUGCUAUUUCUAGCAUUUAUGCAGUGCUUCGUAUCUCCGGCUCUUUACGGGGCAUCUCUAUUUCUCAUGAAAGAAGAAGAUAUGGCGUUAACAGCUCGAGCUCAUAAAGCACCCAACGCUCACUCGCUCACACAACAUCUAUGA